AUGGAUUUGAGGAAGUCAUCGAGAUUUAAAGGGCUAUUGACCAAAAGAUUUUCGGUGGACUCAACAAGUACAAUAAAAUCGGAUAAAGAUAGUGAAAAAAGAGUAGAACGCAGCAAAAAGAAGACAAUUCUUUUAUCUUCGCCUUUAGAUUACGGAGAUGAUGAUGCCUUGAUAGAAUCAGGCCUAUGGUCUGACAUAAAAGUGAUGCUCUGGGAUUUCAUCCCAGAUUACACACCGUUAAACUUUAUUUUAAUACAACUGUUUGCCUUUAUGGUUUUUUUAUCGUUUCGAGCAAUUACAUUUCCGACUUAUAUAGAACCUGAAAAUCCUGAUGAGAAUUUACAACUUCAGUACGAAUACAUGUCUUACAUCAAGGAUUAUUUUAACAGUGACGAGAAGCAAUUCGAUCUCAUCAUAAAUACUCUAAAAUUAUUGUUCAUUUUGCUUAUUAUCAAUAUAAUUGUACUUUUUCUAAUAUUGUUCGUAAGAUUCAUCUUUAUGAAGUUUCUGUUUGAGCUGUUUUCGAGAAUAUCGAGAAUCGCAGUGCUAAUAGCCUACUCAGUGGACCCAGGAGUGUUCUAUUUAAUGUGCUCACUGAUAAAUUAUACGGUGUUUUUGAGGUGCCUUAUUAAGAGUUGGUUUAUGCUUUGUUCAUUAUUCUUAGGUGGCAUCACUCCUGAAUACACCUCCUACAAGUUUCAAAUGUUUGGACAUUUGAUCCCUAGGGAUUUCUGGAUCGACUCCAAGUGCUAUUCGUACUGUAAAUCUCUGUACCACUUGCACAUACUAUUUGCUGUUAGAAAACUGAUUUUAUCGACACUGCUGUUCCUAUUUGAGUUACAGUUCCUCGCAAAUUACUCGAGUGACCUGACAACUUAUUUGAAUGAGUUAUCGUGUCUGAGAAAGUUUACACUCAAAUGGUUGAACUACGUGUACUAUAGAAAGUCGCUGAGGAUGAAAGAAUUGGAUGAUUUGAUGGAAAAGUUUCUAAACAUUGACAUGAAUGUGGUAAAAAAGAGUUAUAACACAGUAUGGAUGCAACAUCGCAAGGAUGAUUUUAAAAUUUUUAGGCCAAUUUUAUGUAAAUGGCAAUACCACAACAUAAAAAAUGAUUUGGAUUUGCACGAUUAUAACGGCACAGAUUUCCUAAAGGACCUGUGGAUCAGUUCAAUGUCCAUAAAGCCAAGCGUUAAUUGGAUAGUGCUUAACUAUGUUAUCCACAACCCACCUGAGAUAUUGUUGUUACACAACUCAAUACAGCUGAUAUGCAAGGACACUAUCGACUACUAUUCCAAGUUCUUGUUUGAUCAGAUAUACGACUCCCUUACGAUCCUGAGGAGUAAGGAAUACAAGAGGCUGGUAACGGUUCACAUGUCAAAAUUGAAGGUAGAGCACGAAGUUAAGACUGACAAGGAGACGGGUGACUACGUGGAGGAUGAAACUUUGGAGUUCUAUCAAUUCUCAAACAAGGCCCUGGAUGAAAAGGAGACAGAAAGAUACGACAGAAGCGGAGUGGACGACAUGUACAUAACAAGAGACUUCGACAAUAGUAGUAGCAAUAGUAGCGGUAGCCAAGUUACAAAAAUUAAUUGGGAAUAUAGGCCUGGAAGAGAAAGGAAGUACCGUCAAAGCUCAUCAAACAUGGUGCCAGAGCUUCUUAAGUACAGGAAUACCAUAUUGGAUCCUGACAUGCCAUCUGAGACUUGCGUUGGGGCAUUGAUGAAUAAAAGAGAAACAAUAGACAAUUAUGACGAGGAGGAGGAAGACGAUAGAUACAUAACGAAGGAGAUGUGCUCAGAGUUGGACCAGAAGAUAGUGGAGGACUUCUUCCUGAGUUACGACAUAUCGAACUGCAGCGCCAUAUCAUGCGACAACUUCGUGAUGGCCGUGAUCAACAUGUGCUCAAUAAGGAAGAAGCUGAUAACCACAUUGAAGAACCAAAGGAGCAUAUUGGAACUGGUAGGGAACCUGAUAAGCAUAAUCCUGUGGUUCAUGUCGUUCGUGGCUCUCCUGCUGUCGUUCAGGAUCAACAAGAACAUAGUGCUGCCCUCGACGAUAGGUCUGUUUUCAGCCACCAUCGUGGCUCUCAGUUACAUGUACACGAGCUUCAUCACCGCGAUCAUGUUCGUCGUCAUUUCAAACCCGUACAACGUGGGCGACAGGGUUAGGAUAGACGGGCAUGUGAUGUACGUGAGGAGAAUAACGACCUACAAUACUGAGUUCAGAUCCUCGCACGGGAAGCACAUAAUAUACCAGAACAUACUGCUGAGUAAAAUGUUGAUCAUAAACGAGUCGAGAGCGAAGCACGCGACGCUGGAGCUGAACCUGAAGAUGUCGUCAUCAACGACGCCAGCUGCGCUGAAGAUGCUGCGAGACAACGUGAAGACGUUUGUGAACGGAAGGCCAAGGGACUUCGUGAACAACAGCAUAUAUUUCCACUGCGAUAAGCUGCAAGUGUCGCACUACAUUAACCUCGUGAUAUGGGCUACCUGCGUGGAGUCGUGGUCAAACACGAGAGCAGUUUUUGGACUGAAAUCAGACCUGAUGAAGUUCGUGGGAAAUCAGUGUAAACUGCUCGGAAUAGGCUACGAGGGUGCGCAGUCGCCAAUAUAUUUCAAGAAUUCGCUUAACGUGGGAGGGCUGGAGCCAAUAAUAAAUAGUUUCAACGACAAGGGCCCAGAAAACGAAAAGAGGGGCAUAUUUAAGAGGUGGGACAACCUGCUGGGUAAAGGAGAAAGUGCCAGCAAGAAGAGAGACACUGUGGUGGGACACAAAGCGAAUGAGGCUAGUGCUUUUUAUAGAGUAGAAGAUGGGCCACAGAGAAGAUCGGGAGCUGGAUUUAGUGGGCCUGACUAUGUAACACCUAAAUGGGAGCCGGGUCGAGCUGACGGAGAAGGGAGAACAGACAAAACAUCGUUUGAAAUGAUAAGCGCAUUGGGACCAGACCAUCACACACCGGAGAUCGCACACUUCCUUUGGGGAGAUCCUCCGAGGCCCUCCACAGUGUCAAGGCACUCGGGAACAAUCCAGCGGCAGGUUUCAACAGGGCCGCUCAACAUAGAGCCAACGUUCUCAGGGAUGAUUAAGCCCUGCAAGGUGGCUGGAGAACCAAGGGGGCUGAGGAACCUAACGUCACCUGAGAAACUACACCACAUACCAAAGCCUACGUUUGAAUCUACGCAUCCGCCGCAGCACCGCCACCAUAGGAGCUCUGACAUGGAAAGCUACGAGAACGUAUGGCUGAAUACCUGGAGCCCAGAUACCAGGCCCAUCAGACUCAAGACCAUGUCAGUUGAGUCGAGCUACGAUAAGUACAUGAAAAUGUCUGUUGAACAAGCGGAAAUGGAACAACAGCCUCAGGAACCACAGGAACCACAGGAACCUCAGAAACCAGAGCAACCAGAGCAACCACAAAUCACACAACAAGAACCUCAACAACCGCAACCAAAGCAAUUAAGUCAAUGGGAAAGGCAGAAACUCAUACAACAACAACACUUACUGCGACAACGGGGAGAUCUGGGAGCUGAUGUCGAAGCAGCAGUGCCAACGAAUUCAGAGAAUCUAGAAAAUGUAGAACAUCCGACUAGGCAUGUAACAAUAUCAGAAGGCGUGGUUGAUUUAGAUAACAAGGGUGCGUCACAACCACCCAAUCCAAAUCUCGAAGGACCAGUACAUAGAAGGAUUGAGCAUCACCACCCAGCACAAAAUCCAGCGAAUCCCAAGAGUCGCCACCCACACAAGCCUAAAAAGAAGACUCAGCGCAAAGAGCCUCAAAAGUCGCCACCAGCUUGUCCUUAG